AGAAUCUAAUGCUGUUUUUUACCCCAGUACCAUAUCACAAAUUCACAAUCAACCAAAGAAUGCAGCAGCAGGAGGAGGAGGAGGAGUAGAUCAAUUCUAAUUCCAUGGCAGAAGCAGUUCUUAGUAUCGUGGCAGAGGGAGUUCUGGGCAAGCUGUUUUCCCUCGCGGCAGAAGAGCUAUGCUCCGUUUGGGGUUUCAAGAAAGGCCUCAAAAACCUCGCCCAGAAGCUGGAGAUGAUCCAAGCUUUGAUGAUCGAUGCGGAGAGCAAGCAAACCGGUUCCAUGACCGUACAGUUCUGGAUCAAGAAGCUCAUGGCCGUCUCUUUCGAAGCCGACAACCUCUUAGACGAAUUCGCCUACGAAAUCUCCAAGCAGAAACAAGGUUCCAGUCCUCUUCUCUCCCUCAACCCCACUUUAUUUCGCCUGAAAUUAGCUCAAAAGGUCAAGUCUAUUGAUGAUAAUCUCGAGAGAAUUUAUAAGGAAUCCAUUGAUAUUGGACUUAGGGUUAGCGAGGGGGCUUUUUUGGGUAGGGAAUCGACUGCUCAAUUGUUGAGAAAGACUGAUCCUUGUGUUGUUGAAUCAGAUGUUGUGGAUAGGGCUAAUGAUGUGGCGAAAAUCGUAGAGAUUUUAGUGGGUUCGGAUGAUGGGGGGAGGGAUGAUGUAGAGGUGGUUAGUGUAGUGGGAAUGCCCGGGUUGGGGAAGACAACUGUGGCACAACUUGUUUACAAGGAUCACUCUGUCGUGAGGUGUUUCGAUCACAGGAUGUGGGUUUGCGUGUCCGAGGAUUUCAAUGUUGAUCGGCUUCUGGUUGAGAUGGUUCAGUCUCUCACACUUGCAGAGUUUGCAGUCUCCAACAGGGAGGCGAUUGUUAAAAAGCUGCAACAGAGUUUGAAUGGGAAGAAGUAUUUGUUAGUUCUUGACGACAUCUGGAACGAAGACCGGGCUAGGUGGGAGAAUUUGAGGAAGUGCUUGGUAGAAAUCGGUGGGUGUAGGGGGAGCAGGAUAAUGAUAACCACCCGCAGUGAAGAAGCCGUUGCCGCAACGCACUCAAAGUUUGCUCAUAGGUUGGAAGCUUUGAGAGACGAGGAGGGAUGGGCACUGUUUAGGCAGAUAGCAUUCGCAAGGGGAGGGGCAGACGAGACUCCCGAGUUGAAGGCUAUUGGUAGGAGAGUGGCUCAAAGAUGUGGGAACAUGCCCUUAGCAAUAAAGACAUUGGGAGGCAUAAUGUACUCUAGGAACAGCGAGAGCGAGUGGGCUUCAAUAGAGAACAGCAUGACAAGGGCUUCUUCUUCUUCUUCUUCUUCAUCCAAGAGCAUGGAUGCAGUGCUGUCGACACUGAGGUUAAGUUACGACCAUUUGCCCUCGUUAUCCGUGAGACAAUGCUUUGCAUAUUGUGCAAUUUUUCAAAAAGAUUGCGUUAUGGAAAAAGACAAGUUGGUUCAGCUCUGGAUGGCACAAGGGUGGCUCAAGUGCUCUAUGGAGGACCACUUAUUAGAGAUGGAAGAAAUGGGGAACAUGGUUUUCAAUGUGAUGUUGAGAAGUUCGUUGUUCCAAGAUGCCGAGAGCGACGAAUGUGGUAACAUCAAAACUUGCAAGAUGCACGACCUGGUGCAUGAUCUUGCACUCCAAAUAUCAAAAGACUUUUGCUUAACUGUGGAUUCUAGGGAGGUGAGUGGUGAGAUCAAGGCCAUACAUUUAUCGUCAAUUUGCAGAGGUGAAGGCGGGGUUGGCUUAAAUGUUUCAAAGGAUUCUCUCGCCAAUCUAAGAACUCUAUAUACAACGGGCAGUUUCGAUGCAGGCCUUUUGACGAGUGCCAAGCAUCUCCGCGUCUUGAUUUUGGACGGUUUUGGAAUUUCCCAAUUGCCGAGUUCAGUUGGGAAAUUGAAACAUCUAAGGUACCUCGACGUCUCGAAGACUUCCAUCAAGAGACUCCCCAACUCCAUCACUCAGCUCUACAACCUGCAGACACUGAGAGUGAACAACUUGGAGGAUAUGCCGCGCGAUUUUCACCAUCUCCUACAUUUGAGGCACUUUUACAUGGAAGACACUCGCAACAACAGGAGGCCCGGCUUACUUGUUGGGAUAGGGAAGCUGGUUUCUCUCCGGACGUUACCUUUCUUUGUGGUGGGUCCCAACAGUGAGUGCCAGAUUAGUGAACUGGGACACUUGUCGAACCUAAAAGGCCGCUUAAAUGUGUACAGCCUAGAGAAUGUGAAGCAUUACAAUGCAGCCAGAGAAGCAAAGUUGUGGCAGAAAGAGAACAUUCAUACCCUGCAGCUGCGCUGGCAUCCGUUGGGUCGACGCGGAAGGAAAGAGUCUACUGAUGAGGAAGUUCUACAAGGCCUUCAACCGCACUUCAACCUCAGAAACUUAACAAUAGAAGGCUUCCUGGGCUUGAGGUUUCCGCCGUGGCUCCUGGAAAACAGAUUACAGAGCUUAAUGAAGAUCACGCUCCUGAGUUGCAACGGGUGCACCCAAAUUCCAACACUUGGACACCUACCCAACCUAAGGGUUGCAUCAAUAACUGAGAUGCACAAUGUGAAACACAUAGGUCCAGAGUUUUACUACCAAACAAGUUCCAAUCACCAAAGCAGCAAUUCUAGUGCUGUUACAUUAUUUCCAGCUUUACGGGAGCUGACCUUGGGUGGAAUGCCAAUGCUAAUCCAGUGGUCAGAACCAAAACAGCAAUCGCAAACAGCGUUUCCUCGCCUUGAGACAAUGAAAAUCAAAGGGUGCCCGAAGCUAUUGAAUCUGCCAGAGAUGACUGGCCUGACGUCUCUGCGUUACUUAUCCAUUGUGAGAUGUGAUAAACUGGCUUCUCUCCCAGAAGGGAUGGGGCGUUUGGCUUCUCUCAAAGAACUGGAAAUAAUGAAUGGGUCGAGUCUGGCCAUAAUACCUGACAUUACAGGCCUGAAAUCUCUCAUCAAGCUUCACGUAUCAGCAUGCGAGAAGCUGGUCACAUUACCAACCGGUUUGGAAAGAUGUGAUCUGCUUGAGAACGUGUGUGUUCGCCAAUGCCUAUCUUUGUGCCCUGAGGGAAGAGGCCUGUCUCAGCUCCCUCACCUCAAAGAGCUAAGCAUAGGCCAUUUCUCCCGCGAACUUGAUUUUUUCCCGUGGCCCUCCGGUGCCGCCACACCAUUUGCUUCUUUGGCCUCUCUGACAAUGUAUGGGUGGCCAAGGAUCAAACAUCUGCCCGAGGAAAUCAAAGGACUCGCGGUCCUGAAGCAUCUGUCCUUGAGGGAAUUCGGGGUGGCGUCCCUUCCUGAUUGGCUCUGCACCCUCUCCUCCAUUCAGUCAAUGUGCUUUACGUUAUGCGCGUCCCUUGCGUAUCUGCCGUCCGUGGAAGCAAUGCGGCGUCUCAAGAAUUUACAGAGGUUUGAAAUCAUUGUUUGCCCUCUUCUUGAAGAGAGGUGCUUUGAGGGGGAACGCCCUGAGUGGCACAAGAUAUCCCACAUUGCUAAGGUCAGGGCAAAUUACCAAACCAUUCAAUGCCUCCUUGACUAGACUCUCUUUUGUCAUGGUAGCUACAGCUGUUCAAAAUGUUUGCCAAAGGUCCAAAAAAAUUUCAAAAAAGGCCAAGGUGGUACCAUAUGUGAUUUAAAAAAAAACAAAAAUGCAUGGGCACAAGAAAAUCUACCACCCCUGGCUAUUGAAAGUGCAUCCUACAGUUGUACUCUUCUAGGGGCUGCCUACUGACACAAGCAUGUCUUUCAGUUAUUUUGUGCAUGUUCCAUGACAACCUGAACUAAGUCUCAAGUCACUGAUAUGUUCUGUGGUAGCUGCCCUUGUCUCUAUAACUUGUCCUUUCCUGUGUGUGGCAUCUUAAAACUUGGAUUUCUCUGAAAGGCAUGUAUUUACUUUCAGAUUGAAACUAUUCGGCAGUUCACACGAAUCCUUCAAUCGGAUAUAACCCAGAUAGAAUUGAAGAACAAGGUAUAUAGAUUGCUGUGAUAAUUUCAAAUCCUCUGUUUUGACCAAUCUUGCGAACGAAUUCUUAUAGAAGCAGGAAGAACAGAACUGGCGUUUGGUGCCUCUCUGGAAAGAUCAUGUCUAUUCACAAGAAUUUGUUCAAGAGGAUGCAGUUCGGAUAUUCUUUCGUACACAUCCCUUGGACCCCGCAAGGGCUGCCGCCGCCCAUGACACUUGCCCUUCCUUCCCAAAUCUGGGUCUGCCCAGUGCCCACUACAGCCAUAAACAUUACUUUGAGAAUGAACUUCUUUGAUUGUGCUGAUCUCUAUGUUGGUCCUGUUUCAGAUGGUA